AGGCAAAUUGCGUCCCCGUCUCUCUCUCUCUCUCUGCUCGCACUCAGAGUCCAGCUUCAGUCAACAGACGUUUAGACAUCACGAACCACCACAGAGAACUCCGGCGGCCGGCGACGAUGGACUCCUCUUCCUCCUCGGUGGCGGCGGAGGGGGCGCCUCCGGCGGCGGAGAAUCUGGCGGUGUUCUGGCACGAGGGCAUGCUGGCCCACGACGCCGGCCGCGGCCUGUUCGACUCGGGCCGCGACCCGGGCUUCCUCGACGUGCUCGACCACCACCCGGAGAACGCCGACCGCGUCCGCAACAUGGUCUCCAUCCUCCGCCGCGGGCCCAUCGCGCCCUUCCUCUCCUGGCACUCCGGCGUCCCCGCCCACGCCAGCGAGCUCCUCUCCUUCCACUCCCCAGAAUACAUUGACGAGCUCGUUCAGGCGAACGCCAGUGGAGGCAAGAAGUUGUGUGAGGGAACUUUCUUGAACCCCGGCUCAUGGGGUGCUGCGCUUCUGGCUGCUGGAACAACCUUAUCAGCUAUGAGGCACAUACUAGAUGGGCAUGGGAAGAUAGCCUAUGCAUUGGUCCGUCCCCCCGGCCAUCAUGCACAACCGGACCAUGCCGAUGGUUACUGCUUUCUGAACAAUGCCGGGCUUGCUGUGCAUCUGGCUCUGCAUUCUGGCCGCGCAAAGGUAGCCAUUGUUGAUAUUGAUGUGCACUAUGGGAAUGGCGCUGCAGAGGGAUUCUAUCGCAUGGACAACGUGUUGACAAUCUCUCUUCACAUGAACCAUGGCUCUUGGGGUCCAUCGCAUCCGCAGAGUGGCUCGUCUGAUGAGAUUGGGGAAGGCAGGGGGCUUGGGUACAAUCUCAAUAUACCUUUGCCUAAUGGUAGUGGGGAUCUAGGGUAUGAAUAUGCAAUGAAUGAAUUGGUCGUCCCGGCGAUUGACAAGUUUCAACCUCAGCUUUUGGUUUUUGUCAUUGGUCAAGAUUCUAGCAUGUUUGAUCCGAAUGGAAGACAGUGCUUGACCAUGGAUGGUUAUAGGAAAAUUGGACAGAUAAUGAGGAGCAUGGCUAACCGACAUAGCGAUGGGCAAAUAUUGAUUGUCCAGGAAGGGGGUUACCACAUCAGUUAUUCAGCAUACUGCCUGCACGCGACGUUAGAAGGUGUUCUGAAUCUUGAAGCCCCGUUGCUGGACGACCCGUUGGCAUAUUAUCCGGAGGAUGAGAAAUACGCCAUGCAAGUUGUUGACGUCAUGAAGAAAUACUGGAAAGAAUCCAUUCCCUUCUUGAGGGACAUUUAGAAAACGCAUUCGUCUCUUCUACAUGGCGGCGAUUCUGAAUCGUGCCAUGCUCGACAUUCAUCGCCUUCUGUUGACCGCAAAGGGUACAUAUGUUUAUUGGAGCAACUUCAGAAUUGGUACACCUCCCCUGAACCCCUAAUUCCCAGCUCCUUUGCCAGAUGUGGUAUAUAUGUAGGCGUCUUGUGUGAUUUCGAACGGUGCUUGGUGUUUCGUUUAAGGUUGUCUCUUGCACACCGUUUACCUGUAUGCAUGUAUUGUCUAUUGUCGGAAAUGAAUCUCCCUGUCAAUAAAAAGGUAACGCAGUUUACGCA